UGGUGUUUAACGUGGUUUAACGGGAUCGAUUGUUCGUUUCGGUUCGUUUUUCCAAUUUUUCCGGUUUUUCCGAAACGGCAAGGUAAACGAUCGUACGCGAUUAGCUUCCGAAAGUUAUGAAGGUCGUAUCCGUUGUAUUUCGCUCAUGUGGCGCUUUCACGCGGUCAAAGGUGCAGAGGUGAAAGGGGCGUCCCGUUUGGAUCGUGUGAGAGGCUAGAGGACGUCGGACCUAAGUUGGUGCGUUUUCACCCAUUUCUUCCACCUGGCGAUCGUAUAAGGUCAAACCCGAUUUGCCUGUGAACUGCUUUUUGUUUGACCCCCGUGGGUGAAGGAAUAUAAUUAAAAAAUCGUUGAAUGUGCGUGCUAUCGCUUAAGAGCAUCGCAGGAUGCUUAACGGAGACAUUGGAAAAGUUUGCUUUUUCAGAAUAUAUGUAACGCCGUUACAACAUGCGUAAUUUAUGCAGAAUAUCUAUGCAAAUGGUAGAAACGUGACUGGAGGGGUGAGCACUCGUAAGGGAAGCAAUCAUGACGAGAAGAACUUAUUGGACACGUAAUUAAACUCUUCUUACUCAAAGGAAAUUACUUAUGGAUAUAAAAGGCAAAAAUGGCUCGAAGCAGAAAGUUUGGUAACGAUACAUUGGACGUGAUAAAUAAAGGCUGUUUGGAUUUAUACAAUGGAAUAGCCUGUGGUCGUGUUACCAUUUUAAUUUUACUCGGUACGAUAACGUUUGUUCUCGUUGCAACAAAGAUCAUUAAAUACCAUGGGCAUAAACACUCGCAGAUGCACCACUAUACCAUCUUUUAUGUCUCAGCCGUACAAUGCAUCAUUUGUGCCGCAGGCUUUGUACUAGGAACUAAGUACCCCCAAAUAAAUUUUGGUGCCAAUUUCUUUAAGCUUCUUCAGUUUAUUCUUAUUUGCCACUUACACUGGUCGGUAGCUGCCAGGUCACGGCACAGAGACGACAUCGUCCAACAUGUCGUCAACCCGAUACUCUGUCUCUAUACUUUGUACUGUACAACCGUUGUGCUCAUGGGAAUGGUCGACGUUACCGGAACUUGGACGGAGUGCUUGCGUCCGUAUUGGUUAAUGCUGUCGGGUGCAGAUUUUAUCUCCGUACAACUGUUUGCCAUAGUUGCUCUCUUCCUGACGCACGGUAACAAUCACCCAGCCAUUUCGGCUCUAAUGUUACCCGCGACUUCUUCUCAGGCGAGAGACCUCUGGCUCGUGACGGCAGUGUACGAGGUGUCGGCUGCCAUAUCGAUUGUUUUCGAUGCAGUAAUGUCUCUUGUGGGUAAAGAAGAAACAGGAUGCAGCGCGAUAUACAACCAUGACCAAUUAUACUAUAGCUCGAUGAUAAUAGUGGUCACGACGCUUAAGUACUUCUUGCCAACGUGGACGCUACUUGGCGUUUUUCAGCCCACGAGAGUUAAGUCUCGGCCAUCCGAAGUCACUCUUACCUCUCAUUACAACACGGAUGGGACGUGUCAAAAUCACUACCGAAGAAUGUUUUUCUCCCAAAACACCGGAUUGUCGGCUGCGGCUCCAUAUCCAACAAUGGCUUAUGCAACGGACUCGCCUAUUUAUGGAAGUUACGGGGAAUACUUUUACCCGGACAGUUCCCCGGACGCUUCGCCAACCAUAGCUCAGUGCUGGAACGGCAUGGAGGACAACGCGUACCAUGGCUUUGAGAAGCACUUUAUUAAUAUCGAUCAGAAGAGGGAUAUUUUGGAAAACCAGUACAGAAUAGAGCGUAAUCGACAGAACCUGGAGCGAAGUCUGCGAAUGGACCCAGGGCCCACGUUGGAGCGGGACGACGACGAGGAGGAGGAGGGAGUCGAUGGCAAGACGGCAUCAAAGAACGGCAACUUGACUACCAUCAACGAGGAAGGUGGAAUCACUCCGGAGAGUCCUCAGGAAUAACAGCGCACAGCUUAACUAGUCUAAGUUAUCCCGAACCUAGUCGAAGAAGUGCCUACUUGCGAAUAAUUGGUUAGACGCUCGAUCGCGUUUCUCACAUUUGUUCGCGUACUACGAUGUACUUACGGGUACGAUCUGUCGGGCACUAUGGGUUGCAGAACCUACACGGAGGAUGGCGAAUCUCGAUUGACGCGUCAUGAGUUUGCGAUAGUAAUUGAUUUUGAAUUCGAAUCCGGGGUUCGACGGUAAGGUGACCGACUCGUAUGAAAUAUGAGAUCAUCGAAACACUGAUACCGCGAAGCGUGAUAUUGACUAUUUAUUUAAGACUUAAUGAAAUUGGAAAGAAAUGGAUAUAUUUAAUUUGACGAAAGGCUACCGGUAGUACGGUAGUACCAAGAUCGUACUUUGGUAGAAUACAGAGGCAUCGCGUAUCGUUCGUUAAGACUGCUUGUCUUUGAAAGAACGAUCUCGACCUCCGAUCCGAUUGGUAUCGUAAGAUCGAUAUCCGAAAGUGGACCUCCUUCGGAGAUCGAAGCAUUUAAUCGAGGAAUGCGCGAUAACGUAUUUUGUACAUGAAUUAUUAGAGCGCGAUGGUAACCAUCCUUCCAAUGACUGUGAUGCAAAGAUACUUGCAAGGUCGUCUAACCAUUAGGUGACUAAUUACCGAAACCCAGGGUAGGUCGAGGGGCCCUAACUAACCGUGGGAUCGAAUAAAGUUAGGAUUAUCGUCGACACGCGAACAGCUGAUCCAGGCUAUUCCGCCGGUACUCCUUUCUAGAUCCUUCUUCCAUUCUCCCUCCUUACCUCCUUGGCAAGGUACUAAGCUAUCAUCGAUUCCCUUCCUCGCCUCGAUCCGAGGAAUCGAAGGCAAACGCAUCGUCCAGAGAUGCUUAACGUAAAUAACGAGUUUGGUAUCGAUACUCGCCGCGAUCGCGCAGGGCUGCAUUUUUCUGUGGAAUGCCCGGGAAAAGAAAAUUAUUCUCCGUCUAGGUACCGUUUGUACGCAAGAACGAGUUUUAAUAAACGUUUCUGCCAUUGC